UUUGGAAACUAGCCGUUACAGCAUCUCAGCGAAAUCAAAAGAAAUCACAAUCAUUUCAUCAAAGAAAAUUAGAAUCAAUUUCAUUUUCUAAGUUUUAUUUCUUCCAUAAUAUUCAUUCUUACUAUUCUUGCUGCUCCCAGUAAAGAAAUUCGAAACCUCCUAUCGCUCAUCAAUGGCAGCUCAUACAAACCGAUCCCCUUCGCCACUUUCGUCGAGGCCCACUACUAACCCAAACCCAAGAAACUCUGAAAUUCACUCAAGCACACGGAGAAGUUUCAAUGGAAACAGUUCCUUGAAACCCUCAUCUCUCACAAAUCCCAGAAGAUUUGAUCCGAUAACCCCUGCGAAUAGCCCAUCAGUUGUUUCCGGACGAAGUUCGGUGGGUAAAGACUGUACGGGUUCAUAUCUGAAAGAUUGUGAAGGAAAGGAGAAUAGUGAAAGAGAUCAAAUCAAAUCCCCAGCAAAGGGCUCCAAAAAUUUCAUGACCCCAACAAUUUCUGCUGCCUCAAAAAUCACUCCAUCACCCAAGAAAAGGCCCUUCGUGGAGAGAAAUGACCUUGUCCGGACCUCAAUCUCGCUAUCAGACGGUAAAGCCAUGUUUUUCUCUAAUGCUUCUGAAGAUUUGGACUCAAAAUCUGACAUGAACAAGAAAGUCCCAACUUCUUAUUUGAAUUCUGCUGACUCUCCGGUCCCCAAGUCUUCUAAAAAAGUGACCUUUUUAGAUGUUCCUCAAGAAGCACUUUCAGAUUCAGUGGUAACUGAUUCUGAUUGCCCAAAAAUGGAAUCUUUUUCGAAAAACGAGAGCGCUUUUUGUUCGCCCCUUUUGACUCGUAUAGCCCCACUCGAUGCCGAUCCAUCCAUGCCUCCUUAUGACCCAAAGACCAAUUUCUUAUCCCCAAGGCCUCAGUUUCUUUACUAUAAACCAAACCCCAGAAUCGAAAUUCUCUUAAACAAAGAAAACUUGUUUGAAAACUCUUCAUCAGACUCUGAGGGCACAGAAGUUUCUAUGGAUUCUGAGGAGAUACUGGAGACAAUUGCCUCAUCAGAAUUGGUCGAUUUAGACUUCUCAGAAUUUGUUGGUGGUGAUAAUCGUGAUGCUGAAGAAGACCCAGAGAAGGAAAAACUAGAAGCAAUUGCCUCAGCUGAUAUGUAUGAAGGACUUGAGUUAGAGUUCUCAGAAUUUGUUAGUGGUGAUAAUCGUGCUGCUGAAGAAGACCCUGAGAAAGAAAAACUAGAAGCAAUUGCCUCAGCUGAUAUGUAUGAAGGACUUGAGUUAGAGGAUGGCCAUUUUUUUCUUAACGAGGAAUCAAGUUCAGUCGAGAAGGAUAAAAAGAAAACACGGGGAAGCUCUCGAUUUGUGUGUUUUUCUGUGCUUACAAUGAUGCUGUUAACAUUCGCAUGUGUGUUGUUAUUCAUCAUGCGAUCUCCUUUGUUUGAGGAGUUUGGAGUUAUUAAAGAAUCGACCUUUUCUGAUUUGGAGCACUUGUACCAUCAGUCGAGAGCUGAAGAAGCUACUGCUGAUGCAAAAGUGAUGUUCGAUCGAGUCAUAAGGCGUGUGGAUCGGCUCUUUGUUUACUCUACAGCUGUCAUCUUAAAGAUGGUUGAUGAGUUUGGUAAAGGUGAAAUAACUCAUCUGGGUCCGGUGAAAUAUGUGAACCUUUCUUCUGGCCUGGAAAUGGAUUUUUGGAAUGACGGGCGUUUUUUGAACAGAAAUGAUGAGGUCGGCAAGAAUUCAGUCGAGAAUGCCGAAGAUGAUGAUGACGCGCUGUAUGAGGAGUUGGAUGCUGAAAUUGCAGACUUUGAAGAGGAACUUGAAGCAUAUGAAGAAGUUAAUGAUUCCAUUGAGAAUAUUGAGGAGGAACACGAGACACAAGAGGAUGAUGUGUUAGAAACCAAAGAGAAAAUUCACUGUGACUCGUCAAAUUCGGCUUCUGAAUAUUCAGAAGACACUCAGAGCCAGGAAGAGAUCAUCAUAGUCCCUAAUGUCACCCCUGCAGAUCAAUUAGCGUCAAUUAUUUCGCAAGUUAAAACCGAACCUGUUCCUCCUGAAAUAAUGGAAAUUGAAAAAUCCAGUGGUGACAUCAUUAAUCACAGUCCUGAUACUGAUCAAGAAAGUCUGCCGGAUGUUAAUUCUCUAACCGAGAGUGUCCAGAGUUCGUUAACUCCGGAAAGAGAGCUUAUUAUUGCCCAUAAUUAUCACACCAUCGGAAUAAUUUCUUCUUCCCUCUUUGUGGGUCUAUUUGCUUUUGCAGCCUAUUUCUAUGGUUACAGAGGAAAUCCCAGUCUGAGUUCAGACAAUGUCGUUCAAGCCAACAUUAGCAGCACCAAACCAGAGAAGAAAGCAUUUACUUCUGAUGAUGAUGUCAUGGACGUGUCACCGUGCCCCUCGGAAAUGAGCAGCUUCCAGAAGAAUGUGUCGUCUUACAACAAUAGAAAGAAAGAGAUUAGGGGAUUAUUAAGUGAGGUUCAGAGUGUGGAUAGGAAUACAAGAAAGCAGCAGCCUUCGAAAAGGGAGUCUUUGGCCUCUUCUUCUUCAGAGUUCACCACGGGCUCGCCUUCGUAUGGUAGCUUCACCACUUUUGAGAAGAUUCCACUCAAGAAUGCUACUGGAGAGGAGGAAAUUAUAACUCCGGUUAGGCGGUCGAGCAGAAUUAGGAAUCAUAACCAGUUCACUUCUCCAUGAGUUCUUCUUCCACAUGGGAAAAAAGUAUGACUCGUUUGAUGUUCGUUUGUCGGUGCUAGUUAGUGUUGUUGGUGUGUGUGAAUUAGGUAUAUUAGUUAGCAUGAAUUUCUGUAUUUUCACAAAGUGGGUGUGAGUGUGAGUGUGUGUGUGUUGGUUAUGUUUGCUGUUGUUCACAUCUGCUGAUGUGAAAUUGGGCAAGGCCUGGUUUGAUUGUGUGUGUGACUGCUGUUUUCUGGAUUGGUCUUGGGUUUGAGAACCAAAGACAAAUUAGUUUUAACUGCUCACUGCUUUUCUUGUUGGUAUCUUUAAUUUUGGUUGUGUCCAU